GCCGAAAGCGGCAGUGCCGGCGGGGCCGGGGGUGCCGGGAGGGCCGGGCCGGGCCGCGAUGCUGCGGGGCGGCGGGUAGCCCGGCGGGCCGGGCCGGGCCGUGCCAGGCAUGCAGGGCAAGGGCAAGCUGCUGCCGGUCCUCAACGGGCGGAUGGGCCCGGCUGUGUCAGAUGGAGAAUUAAAUGCCUCCAGAGCCCGGGGCAGCAACCACAGUGUGAACAGCCUGCCGGCGGUGCAGUCCCUCAGUAGCUCUACGCACAGCUCUGUUGUCAGCUGGGCCGAGUCCUUUGAGACGCUGCUGCAGGACCGUGUGGCUGUCACCUACUUCACUGAGUUCCUCAAGAAGGAGUUUAGUGCCGAAAAUGUCUACUUCUGGCAGGCAUGUGAGCGCUUCCAGCAGAUCCCAGCCAGCAACACGCAACAGCUGGCACAGGAGGCGCGGCGGAUCUACGAUGAGUUCCUCUCCAGCCACUCGGUGAGCCCUGUCAACAUUGACCGGCAGGCCUGGAUCGGGGAGGACAUGCUGGCAACUCCCUCCCCAGACAUGUUCCGCCUCCAGCAGCUCCAAAUCUUUAACCUGAUGAAGUUCGACAGCUACACACGUUUCGUCAAGUCCCCACUCUACCAAGCCUGCCUGACAGCAGAGAGCCAGGGGCAGCCCCUGCCAGACCUGCGGCCUCACUCCCGCAGCAGCAGCCCCCCCCCGGACCUCAGCAAGAAGUCGAAGCUGAAGCUGGGGAAGUCUCUGCCACUGGGGGUGGAGACGGCUGGCAGUGGUGCCAACCGCAGCCCUCGCCGUUCAUUCCGCAAGGGUGAGCGACGGGAGCCCUCCUGGGCAGAUGGGGGAGAAGGCAGCGGAAGUGCUGUGCUGUGGCGGGAGUCCCAGGGCUCCCUGAACUCCUCUGCCAGCCUGGACCUGGGCUUCCUCUCCUCAGCCAGCACAGCUCCCAGCCCCUGGACAGAGGGCCAUCGCAAGAGCCUGGGGGGCAGCGAGGCCGAGGCCAAGCCCAUGAAGUACUGCUGCGUCUACCUGCCUGAUGGCACAGCCUCACUGGCCUCCGUGCGGCCCGGCCUCUCCAUCCGUGACAUGCUGGCUGGGAUAUGCGAGAAGCGCGGCUUCAGCCCCUCCGACAUCAAGGUCUACCUGGUUGGGAACGAGCAGAAAGCACUGGUGUUGGACCAGGAGUGCUGUGUGCUGGCAGACCAGGAGGUGAAGUUGGAGAACAGGAUCAGUUUUGAUCUGGAAAUCUCCUCCCUCAACAAGACAAUCCGCAUCACGGCCAAGUCCACCAAGCGAAUUCGGGAAGCGCUGCAGCCUGUGCUGGGGAAAUACGGCAUAAACAUGGAGCUGGCACUGCUGCGGCGGCAAGGUGAGCAGGCAGCCCUGGACAUGGAGAAGCUGGUUAGCACGGUGGCUGCACAGAAGCUCGUCAUGGAAACGCCAGCAGACAUGCGAGUGACAGAGAGUGCUGAGGCUGCAGCUGCCCCUUCCCCUCUCCAGAGUGAGGAGGGAAGCCCGACGGGACCAGAGCCUGACAUGCCAUGGGGGACAACCUCCUCCAGGCCACGGUCGUCAGCUGCCAGCAACCUGAACCGCCGCACAUACGACUUGGAAGGGUUGGUAGAGCUGCUGAACCGUGCCCAGAGCUGCCGGGCCAAUGACCAGCGUGGGCUGCUCUCCAAGGAGGACCUGGUCCUGCCUGACUUCCUCCAGCUGCCAGGGCAGGAUGACAGCACCUGCCGGGGGCCAGAGCAACCCAGUGCCCUUCACCCAGGGAAUGGCCACCCUGCUCCUGCCAAACCUGCACCGGCUCAGCCUGCGGUCGACCGUGAGCCCCGGUGAGCCCUGCUCCGCUCCUGCACCAGCGUGUGGAGCCACCAACACUGCCCGGACCACAGAUUCAUCCAUGUCCCGUCCCAGCCUCAUGUUGUGUUGCUGUGAGUGGUUGAGCAGCUGCCAUGCCCCUCUGUGGGGCCAUAUCCUGGUGCACGUCAAGGGAGUCCUGUAUAUAGGUUGAACCCCCGUUGCAAAGCACUUUGCAGCAUCCCACACGCAUCUGGCACUAUCCUGCCCGGUGCUUCUGCCCUGGAGCAGGGCUGCCCCUAGGCAAAUCCUGCCCCUGGGAGCAUCCUGCCUGCACCAGGCUGGUGCAGACCCACAGGAAGCAGCCUUCAGCCCAAGGGAGGAUGGGAUAGAGAGGACGUGGCCAGACUGGGUGGCAGAGCAGGCGCCAGCCCUGGGUCCCAGUGCUGUGGACAGGCAGAAACAGGAGAGUGCAUGGGCCCGGAUGAGGCCCUGUCCCAGCAGCAGCAGUGAGAGACUGUGCAUGGGAGGCUGCAGAGAUGGCCCUCAGGGCAUACACCCUCAGCCCGUGCCCUGUCCUGCUGGAGCUGUGGGCACUCAGCCCUUGGGGAUGAGUCUGUCCUGUGCCAGAGGUGCUGGAUCAGUGCAGCACCUCUGGGUGCUCGGCAUCUCAGCCCGCCCUAGGCAUGCCCAGCGGUGCCCUGGGCCACCACUCAGUCCCCACAGCCAGGCCACAGGCAGAGGGGUGGCCUAGAGCGGCCUCCUGCUCCCCUCGGGAAAGUGUCACAGCCCCUAGGGCUGGCUCAGAGCCCCCAUGUGUCUCCGUGGUGCUGCUCAGUCCUGUCUGUGGUGUGAAACCAGGGGAAAUAAAGAGCAUUGCCUGAAA